CAGUCACGCACACACACGUGCACGCGGGCGACCGGUUACCGGCGGGCUGUAGUUGCGUUGUCCCAAACAGCACGCGCAAACGGUUGCCGUUUUCAGCACGGGACAGAUCCCGCAACCCACUCACUGCAAUAUGGCGACAGAGUUCCACAACCUUCAGGAGCUCCGGCACAGUCCAUCGCUGGUCACCAAGGUGUUUAUACAGAGAGACUACAGUGAAGGAACUGUGUGCCGAUUCCAGGCCAAGUUUCCCUCAGAGCUUGACAACAGGAUUGAACGAACUUUACUUGAGGAGACAGUGAAGACCCUUAACUCUUAUUAUGCUGAGGCUGAAAAAAUUGGAGGUCAGUCGUACCUGGAAGGAUGUCUGGCUUGUGCAACAGCUUAUAUCAUCUUCCUCUGCAUGGAAACGCGAUAUGAAAAGGUGCUGAGGAAGAUAUCAGGUUUCAUCCAGGAGCAGAAUGAGAAGAUCUACGCUCCUCGAGGUCUGCUGCUCACAGACCCCAUAGAGAGAGGAAUGAGGGUUCUUGAGAUCAGCGUGUUUGAAGACCGGGGCUCGGGCGGCUCCAGUCCCAGCAGCACCAUGUCGUCGGGCAGCAGCGCUCGGUGACUGGAGGGGCAGCACCAGGCUUACGGAUACCACCACAGGGGCAGCGGCACACUUACCAACAUCCGCAUGCUGAAACAUGAGAGCACCAGGUUCUAGGACGAGUGGAAAGAAAAAGGCGAGGAGGUGAUUCACAACAUUCAUGCUCUCUCUGCUGGGGCCGACAAUGUAUCACCUCCAGAAGAAGAGCUGGCUUAAAAACACACCCUGGAUACAAAACAGAAUAAACACAAGUGCAACAGAACCCACACAUACUCUAAUCGUUAGACACAUAACAGCAACCAGAGUUUCUGUGAAGAAAUAUCCUACACUCUCCAAGAGCUAUCAAACUAAAAUACUCAUUGAUUGUUUUUGCUCUAAUUUUUUUCCAUUCACAUUUUCUCUCAUUCCAUCACAUCUGCUACUAUGAGUCACACCAUCUCUGCAUUGUAGCUGAUUCUCCAGACUUUCACUUUCUUAGGCUAAAUUUCAGUGCGGGACUUUUUCAAGGAGAGGUCACUUUGUCUGUCUGUUUAUGCACUGACAUUGCAAUCUUAGGUUUUAUGCAACAUCUCUGAAAUCUGAAAGGAAGGAAAUGGCCACCUUACUGGGAGACUCGUAGCUGUCUGUUCUUGCUAAACGACUGCAUUCAUCUCAGGUGGUUUAGGUCAAGCUGCUUUGAAUCCUGGCAAAUUAGGCCAGCUGUGGGACUGCUUGGUUCUCUGCUCCGUUCACAUACACUUGGCUUCAAUAUCAAAAGGCUAACAGAGAGCACCUUAAAUUAUUUAUUCUUCUCAUUCACGACAGUGGAUACAAGUGAUCCACAUCACAGCUGUAGGUCACGCUCACACACACUCUGUUUCUCACUUUCUUUCUCUCGCUUCCUGCAUAUUCACAUACUUGCACAUAGAAAUGCACACAGCCAUGUCAUUUACUGCACUCGAAAAAACACAUAUCAGCGAGGGGGAGUGCACACGUGCAUAUACACAAAUACACACCUGUAGAUUGUGGCCAGGCAUCCCUGCAUGCAAGCAGAUUCUGGUAGACUUGGAGUUGGAGUCGACCUACGCCUCAGCUCAUUUAGAAAACAAGCAAACCUCAGGCCCUUGAAGGCUGUGCCAUCUAUUCCAGCUUAGCAGAGAUCAUUAAGAAAAUAUCAAACAUCAAGGAGCAGUACCUUCAAGAAGCCACAGAGUCAGUCUGACAUGUUUGGUUCAGAAGAAGAAGAAAUCGAAAGACAUCGGUCUUUUAUCUCUACACCUAUUCCACGCAUGAAACAGCGUGGAUGUUAUUGGCAAAUGCAUAUUUAUAUGUGAGUAUAGAUGUGUGCAAGAGGGCCAGCCACACAAAGUUCAAUACCUAAACCCACACAAAAGCAAGGAUUUAAAGAACUGUCUAUUGACUUUAACUGAUAUAUACCGCAAUAUGUUGAUGCAGAAUAAAGAAUCUUUCAUUUUGUAAGAUAAAGAAUAAGUUGUAGAUCCUUUUAGAUUAAAAAAAACCAUUAUGUUUGAUCACAAAAUAUCCAUCUAUCAUCUAUCACAUAUAUCUAACUACUUAUUCACAAUAUCACACUACAGUACAAUACAAUACAGUACAUAAAAACUAUUUCUCCUUUGGGAAAUGAAACACUGUAUGACUAAUAUGUAUGUGUGUGUAUAUGUGGAGGCUGUUAAGAUUAUAUGAUGCAGCGAGCGUGCUGAUUACCAACAGACAGCAACAAUGCCCACACAUCUUCCAACAAAAGACAAGGCCUUUCAGAAAAGUUUGUCUUGACCAUGGUUCAUUUUCAUUUUUUAUUUCUUGUUACCAUAGUGUUGGUCUUCAUCUUUUACCGUCUUCAGUCUUUUUCUUUAUAAACACAUACAUGUCUCUUAAUAAACCAUGAGAGUGUAGGUUUUGCUUAUUCUUUAACACAGUGGGCUAGAAGCAAACUGCUCUGCAGAGAGCCCUUGCAUGAAAAUAGCCUUGUGCACUUUUACCAGAGCCAUGUCGAGUUAAACUACUCACUGGACAGUCAUUGCAGAAACGAUUACAUGUUGGCUUCAUUCCAGUAAGUAGUUUAAUUUCAACAUAACAUUUUAUUAACUAGUUGAUUGAGAUUUUUACCACAGCAGUUGAGUUCAGUUGUGCUUGUGUUAAGCCUCCUGUGCUUUUUGAUGCGAUGCCUUCAUGUUUCAUCCCGGUGGAAUGGAUAUCCAGCCUGGGGCUGAUGGACUGACCGACUUUAAAAUGACUCAGCACUGCCAAUAAGCAGAUAAAGGAGCUCAUUAGACAAUGUAUAAAGAAAAAAAAGAGCGUGCAACAGAGUGUGAAUGAACUGUACAGGAGAUGAAUUGUAAUGUACAUGCUAGUCAAUGUUUAGCCACACAAACAAGUGGAUGGGGAUUGCCAUGAAGCCGUUUUCUUCCCCCCCAAAAUCACUGAUGUCCAGUAUCAAUACACGUUUUCACAAUCUGUCUACAUCUGGGUAUGAAGUGGACGAUCAAAUUGUCUGUACAGCAUGAGCUGCUGUAUAGUAUCAUAUGUAACAAGUCUUAACAAUGUAGCUUAUGAUAUUGUUGGUAAUUAUAACAAUAUUGUCACUUUGUGUAGGAGGUAUAGAAAAGGGUGGUGUUAAAGAUCCUCAGGGGAAAUGUGCAAAAUACAUAGGCUAAGGUUCUUGGAGAAAUAUUGUUGAUGUGUGGGAUUACAGACUAGUGAUGGGCGUAAUGACUCUUUUUUAGGGGAAUACAAUUUGUCAGUUCACAGAAAGGUAGCCUGACAAAGUGUCCAUUCACCCUCUGAUUCCCAGUUCUGUCAUUCUGUUUGCUGUUUCUCAACUCCCAGUAGAACUUCAGUGCCAUAUGCUCUCAUUUAGUCUUUGGCAGUGCAUUCAUGUGAAAAAGAAAGUACACACUCUUUCACAUGUCAGGAUAUAAUGGAAAGUUUUAUCUUUAGCAGGUCUUAAAAUAAACAAAAUACAACCUCAGAUGAACAGAAAUACAUGAGAUACUUUGCAGUGUUAUCGUUUAUUAACAGAAACGAAUCCUUAAUGCAGACUGUGUAAAAAACACACUGCUUGCAUAGAAUUUAGAGAAUUCAGAUCCAGGCGCUGCUAAUCAAAUGUACAUGAUUAAUGGAUCAUCAGUGAGUGUGAGCAGCAGAUGCUUUGGUAGUUUGAUGGUCUGAAGCAUUCAGGUAUGUGUUAAUGCAAUGCCAAGAAGGAAAGACAUCAGCAAUGAUCUUAAAGAAGUAAUUGCUGCUGCCAAUCAAUGUGGGAAGCAUUAUAAGGCCAUUAUCAAACUAUUUCAAGUCCACCACACUACUAGAUUUUUCACAAGCAGACAGCAUUAAAGACUGCGUCCAGUCUUUUCAGGAUUGGAGAUCCCAGCAAAUCUACUCCAAACUCAGAGAAACUACAGAAAACCAAAGAGUUACACCGUGGACACUACAGUCAUCAGUUAGCAGGUUAUAUGUUAAAGUUCAGGAGAGCAAAAUUAGACAAAGGCUGAACAAAUAUGACUUAUUUAGAAAGGUUUCCAGGAGAAACACUCUUCUCUCUAAAAUUAAUUUGCAUGGCUUAGGCUUGCAAAGCUGGAUCUGAACAAAGACUUCCGGAACAAUGUCCUUUGGAUACAUGAGACCAAAGAGGAACACUUCAUGCUAAUACAGUGGAGGAGCUUGUAGCUCCUUGCAUGAGCUUGACAAUGAACUCUUCUGUAUAUCAAAAAUAUUUUAGAUUCAAAUGUUGGACAGGCUGUCUGGUGGACAUCUAAAGCUUGUUCAAAUCUGAUUCCCACUACAGCUCGUUGCAACAGAAUGGCUGAAAAAGAAAAGAAUGCAGGUGUUGCAAUGAUUCAGUCCAAGCCUAGACUUUAACCCAAUUGAAAUUAUUAAGAGAGCUCAUCUCACUCAAAUGAAGCAAUGUGAAAGCAAUGUGUUUAAAUAAAAAAAGUCACAGUGUAAUAUGUCAUGUGUUGUUGUGAGGUUGUAUUUAUAUAAUUUUAAAACCUGGUAAGGAACAGAUGUUUUUUUUUUUUUUAAUUUUAUCAUAAUAUGUAAAACAUAGGAAUCAGCACAAAUAGCUUGGAGAUGCUGGUUUAUAGCUUUACUGAUCCUCCAGCAGUUGGUUCACUGUCACAAUAUGACUUUGAAUGAACAGCUUCAAGAAAUGUCAGAUUUCCAUCAAGUAACAUGUUCCCCGCAAGAUGAAUCGUAAUAACUUUGUGAUAAAUGAACUUUUUAUUUAGCACCAUCAUCGGGUUUCAAUUUGUUCAUGAGAAAACACUAACAGAAAUCCCAUCAACAUCAUCUCUUCUUUGAGAUUAGUGUAAAUUACUAGAUGUUACUAUGGUAAGAAUUUUACCUACUAAAAAUUAAGCGCUGCCAUUGUGGGAAUGUUACCAUGCCAACACUGGUAAUUAGUUUAACCAAUUAAGUGUUGCUAAGCACAGCCCCACAAAGCAGCUAGCAUGGAUGUAGGCUUUUGGUGUUGUUUUAAGUGUGUCAGCAUGUGGGUAUGUGUGUUGGUGUAGACUGAUCAAAAGUAUUGCAUUUAUUUUCAAGAAGAAGCACUGUGUGCUAUUUUAUACUUAAUGUAGCUUGUCCUUUCAGGAAUGACUGAUUCAUGAAGACUGCCAGGGGAGUAAAGAUUAUGAUAAAGCAUUAAAUAUAUUAUUGUAAAAAGAUGUCCAUUGAGAUACAAAUAAAUGAUCACAGGCGAGAGUAGCCUUCACUUUGGAUACUUGAGCCUCAGUCAAGCUACUUAUCAAGAUAACCUCAGAAAAACAGCCAUCUAAUGAUGUACAGUUCAUUUCAGUAUGUAAAUUCUACCGUGAUAUGUAUUUAUCUUGUACUGUAUGUGGGACUGCAGCUAGUUCAUUUAGAUACACGGGCUCAUCGGCAAGAAGUAACAUAUGUGUAUUAUGCUGUUACAAGUGAGAGAUUACUCAAUAGUGCAAUAUGAUGUCUUCCUAAAAAUAUAAAAGACAAUAAUGAUGUGUAGAGUCUGGCACCAGCAUCUUUGACUUGCUUUGAGUUGAGUUGUUUUGCUUCAGGGCGAAUAAAACCGCAUUGAUGUUUAAUACUGCAUGAUGUGUGUGUAAACAAAGCGAGACGACAAGAAGUGAAGUCCCUGAUCCACAAAGUCUCCAGCGGUGCUGCUGCGAAAGAGGAAUUUAUAUCUUAUCUUGAUGCUAAUUGUGUGUUUACAUUAGCUUAUUUACAUACUAAUUAAAAUGGAUUUAUGUACUUUUUACAUGUAUAUUUUUUUUCCAAAGCUGAUUAUUAUUCAAAGCCUGCUGAGUGAAGUUUUAACUGUCUCCAAGAGAUGAAUAAAAUAUCUGAUGAAGCUGAUAAAAAGAACGUUGCCUUUGACUCCAGGCUGCUGUUUGUAGCUACAGUUCAUGUUGUUUAUAAGCUCAGUCUGUGCUGUGUCUUUGCUUGUUCGUGAUAUAUGAUCUCUCGCUGUCUCUCUUGUACGCAUUGCUGAGAAUAGCAACAGGAAGAACUUGAGUUGGAAUAGGAUGCUCUUUGAGUUUGGUGCAGUGGUCUUGAAAUUUGUUUUAUGUGUUUCUCUAAAUGUCCGUGCAUUUGUUUUGACUGAAUAACAGAAUGAAAAGUAAGUUUUAAUACAAAAAGUAGUUCACUCUACUUAUUUAAUCCUAAAAUUAACUCUUAUGGUAAAGGUGCGUCUGUGUGAUAAAAUUAUUGUGUCCUAGUUAGUUAUAGCUCCAAUCACAGUCAGAGUUGUCUGAGUAUUUCAGAACAGGGAUCAUCUCUACAGUUUGAAAAAGAGUAAGCUGAAGCUUGCUAUGUUAAAGUGCCUCGUUUAUGUCAAAGGUCAGAAGAGACUAGGAAGACUGCUGCAAGCUGAUAGAAGAGUAACUCAUAAUUGGCAUAUUUCAGGCUCAUAAUUGCCAAUCAUUUAAACACCACAACCUACCUCAGUAUUGUUGCCAACCAUGUCCGUCCCUGUAUUACCCGAGAGUGUUACCAAAUCUCAAUCUGACCUUUGGGAUGUGAGCAGCAACUGUGCAUGUUAACAGAACCUUGUUGAAUCUAUGCCAUGAACAUAGAAGGCCCAGUGCAAGCAAGGUGUGCCUAAUAAAGUGUCCAGUGAGUGUAUAUGUAUAUUGACUUUUUCUGUCUCCCAUGCAGUGCAGAGUGGGCAGUGAACAGAAAGCUGUAGGCAGCAUAAAGUUCAAAACUGAACCAUGAAGGUUAAUCUGACACUGAAUAUUCAGCUGGUAGGCUGUUUUGUUCACAUACCACCCAAACCAUAACUGAACCAUUGUUUGCAUAAAGUUGACAAUUUCUAUAAACAUUAGUCUUUAUUUAGCCAAAGAAUUGUUUGAUGGAUGCGUGACUAAUGCAAAAUUGUCCGUAACUAAUCGACCCUUCUUCAUUACAACAGUUCAGUAACAGAACAAUGAAACAUUGAAACAUCUGCAACCAUCUAACAAUGAAACAUUAAAAGUUUGUUGCUUACCAAAAAUGUCAUGGUUUUCUUAAAAUUGGUAUUAAUUUAUGAAGAAUUGUAACAUCAGUUAUCAACUAAACAGCUUGAUUUCAAAUUUUCUUCCUAACUCUCUCCCCUAUAAAGACGACAUUUGACAACCUUCCCAGCACCAUUAAUCAUGAGCUUUGACACCUCAGUAUGUAUCAAUAAAUAUGUGGUUUGAUGACCAUUUAAAUAGUUUUAUGGGUUUUUCCAAGGGUAGCUGCACAGGCAGAGACCACUCUCACUAAGUUCAGAUGCACACCCAGUCAUUCUGUUCAGUAAGCACGCCUGAAAUAAGACAGAAACCAUCAAAGGAUUGUUCCUUGUAAGCUUUCAAAGUGCAAAGAAUUACCCAUUUAUAUUUUCAGGAAAAUGUGCGGUGCUUCAUCAUAAAUAAGUAAAAUGAUUC